CAAUAAAGAGACGGCCGCAGACACGUGCCACCCAAGCCGGGCCAUUGGCGUGCCGCUCCUUCAACGCACCCAAACCUCAAUCUCGCCAGCUGCAACUUUCCGGAGAGGCCUCACCCUCCUCUUGCUCUUCCGGCAGGCCAAUUGAUUGCUCUUAACUCUUAAUACAUGCGGAAGAGAGCGACUGGAUUUCAGAACCGCCGGAAGGCAUCACAUCAGGAUACAAGCGGAAGAGCUGGAUCAUCGCCAACGUCGGGAACAGAGGGUCCAUCGUCAUCCGUGCUUUUCAGUGACUCUCUCUCUCUCUCUCUCUCUACAUCACACAGAGGCAUGCUUUUGCCUUAUUACACCUCUCCUUCUCUGUCCUUUCAACAAUGCACACUAAGCAGCUGGACAUGUGAGAUCCCCAUGAUUCUCAACCUUUGACGACAUUCUGUCUUUCUGUUCUCCCUCCCCUUUCCUUUCUUAUCCUCAUCUUCCUCUUUCUUUCUCAACGAUUCCACAGGCUGAAACUGCCACCAACAUGCCAACCUACCUGUGUCACGGCUUUCGGUGGACGCGCCGGUUGAUCCGCAUCUUCGUCAUCAUCGAGGAUCUCGACGACGCUGCUCCAGACUGGAUAACCGGCCGCAACUCGUCGGCCGCCAUCCUCGAACGCUUCGGCACCAAAUUUGACUACUUGCCUCAACGCCUGCCACAGCAACAGGCAGAAACGCCGUCUGAACAGGACGUCUUGGUCAAUCAAUUCUCCCCGGUAAAGCUGCUGGAAGAGUACGAUCCGGAGGAGACUUCCAUCUCGGCGCGACCAUUUGCCUACGUUGCAGACCACGUCAUUCGCAUCGACUUGAGCGCCAAUGUCUUGGAGGAAAUGGCCAAGUAUGAGGCUCUCGUCAAGGAGAGGAAUGAAGGCAACUGGUUCGAACGGCUGCGUGACGAACUGCAACCAGGGUCGCCUAUUGAGUGGUACGUGGUCGUCAAUGGAGAUGAGGAGCGGGGAUGGCCCCAUGACGACGAGGAAGAGAGCGAGGGGAGCGACGUGACGGAGAUGGAGGAC